CACUCACCACCUACACACACACACACACACACACGGAGACGCGUUUCUGACGGGUGCCAAAGGAAUCCUUUUGAAAUGACUUGGAGGAUUUUCAGCUUGGAAUUAUGUGGAGGGCGAAUGCAACCCCCUUUGCACCGGUAAGCAACCCUGCCUCGCGGGGAGGCGAGGAUGUGGCGCCCCGAUCUCAGCACCAACACUGGCGAUCGCAUCUCUGGAAAGCAGGAUGGCAGCCUCCCUUGACGCCCGGCGCUGAGGAGUCUUGCGAAAUGCCAAACUUUGCGGCAGCGGCUACGAUUUCUCACAUUCCUGAGCAUGGAGUUGGUGAAGAUGGCACGAGUUUGCUGGAAUCUCCUGGUGCUUCAGGCUCUCCUGGCAGAGUUGGCCCUCGUCUGGGGGGCAGAGAAAAGCUACCCCAUCCUGAACAUCGCCGUCAUCCUGGGGAGGACGCAGUACGUCACGGAAAGAGAGGUCCGAGCGCUUUGGACCAGGGAUAUGUCCAGCGACCUCACUGUCGACGUCAACGUGGUGCCCCUCUUGGUCAACCAGACAGACCCCAAAAGCAUCAUCACCAACGUCUGUGACUUGAUGUCGGGAACCAAGAUCCACGGCGUGGUUUUCGGAGACGACACCGACCAGGAGGCGGUUGCCCAGAUUUUGGAUUUUAUUUCGUCACAGACCUUCAUUCCGAUCUUGGGGAUUCAUGGCGGCUCAUCGAUGAUCAUGGCGGACAAGGUAGGCGGAGAGCACAUUGUUGUGUGA